AUGCGUUUCUCCACCAUCUCCAUCGCCGCCCUCGCCGGCCUCGCUGCCGCAGCUCCCAACGCCAUCGCCAAGCGUGAGAGCCAACAGAUGACCAAUGUCAUCUCCUUCGCUGCCCAGCAAGCCGACUGCAGCAUCUUCGACUGCGCUGCUGUUAUUGGUGCUGGUGUCUGCAUUGCUGCAGGGCUUGCAACCGUACCCGUUGGCGUUGCCGCAGUCGUGGCCUGUGUCUCCGGUGGUGCUCCUUCGGUAUUUCCUCCUAUUGUCUUUCCAAUCCCCACUCCCACUGACUUGACUCAGCUCUGCGGCUGCGCUGGAUGCAUCGACGCUCUCGGUGACUUCUUGACCGAGAACAACCUCUGCCCUGAGUAGGCAAAGGCGAUUGGCAUUCUCGAAAACCUUUUCGAAUCGAGGGAUGGAGUGUUCGGAGUGACAGUGGUCCAUCAACAUUAGACCUGCAGUGUCUGGUGUAGACUGGGGUGACGGCUCUCACGAGCGACUUGCAUGUAUCUCCUUGGUGGUAGUUUAAACACACUCGCUCCUCAAUGAAAACGCUGGCCAGCUCAACUAUUCUUGGUCUCUUUGCUUUGUGAACGCGUAAC